GUUCUGCAUGAGCUCCUUAAAGGACAAAGGUAACAGAGGGAGCGAGAGAGCUAGAGGGAAGACUUUGACUUUAAACCACAGAAUUGGUGGAAGUGUGUGCUACGCUGCUGCUACUACUGCUGCUGCUGCUGCUGCUGCUGCUGCUGCUGCCACCGCUGUUCCGGCUCCCGCUCCUGCACCCGCUCCUGCUCUUGCUUUUGGUUGGUUUAAAAGCUCCCGGGUCCGGGAAGGUAGUGAGCUAACGCUGGGGAGCGCCUGCCGGCUGCAGCCGAGGUCGCUCAGGAUGGGCUCCGGGAGCCAGGCGCUGUCCAUGGUCCCAGCCGUUCUCCUAGCCCUGACUCUGCCCGGGCUGCCCGUGUGGGCGCAGAACGACACUGAGCCCAUAGUCCUGGAGGGCAAGUGUUUGGUGGUAUGCGACUCCAAUCCAGCUACAGACGCCAAGGGCUCUUCCUCGUCUCCCCUGGGGAUCUCAGUCCGGGCAGCUAACUCCAAGGUUGCCUUCUCUGCCGUGAGGAGCACCAACCACGAGCCAUCGGAGAUGAGCAACAAGACACGCAUUAUUUACUUCGAUCAGAUCCUAGUAAAUGUGGGCAAUUUUUUCACAUUGGAGUCUGUCUUUGUAGCACCAAGGAAAGGAAUUUACAGUUUCAGUUUUCAUGUUAUCAAAGUCUAUCAGAGUCAAACAAUUCAGGUUAAUCUGAUGCUAAAUGGAAAACCAGUAAUUUCUGCAUUUGCUGGAGACAAGGAUGUUACACGUGAAGCUGCUACUAAUGGAGUCCUACUCUACCUAGAUAAAGAGGAUAAGGUUUACCUGAAACUGGAGAAAGGUAAUCUGGUUGGAGGAUGGCAGUAUUCUACGUUUUCUGGCUUUCUGGUAUUCCCCCUAUAAAGUCUGAUUUCUCUGUGACAUCCAUCCAGGUGUGGAGCAGCCAAUUCCCUCUGUUAUUUGAAGAUCAUUUUUAUCGUCAUUGGAUUGAUGUUUCUUAUUGGUUUCUCAUGGGUGAAUAUGGAUUCUCUUUAAGGCUCCUGGGCUUGUCUGAACCACUAUGAAGUUUCACAGAAUUUUUGUGUUUAAGUCUAUUUGGACUGAGAUGUUAAGCAGACAAUCCAUAUCAAUGCUUAAUGGUUACAGUCAGAAGCUGCUUGCAAGAUUUAUUCAGAAUUUCAUUGACUGGACAUACCAGAGUCAUUGAAGGUGUGGAAUUUCAUGGUUUUAAAAGGACUGGCAACCAGGUCUAUAAAUUAGGACAAUUUGCAUUCCAACUUCAAUCAAGAAUUUGUGUCUUGCUGCCAAAGAACUGUUUAUUGAGAUAUUGGUUUUAUUUGUUUUUAUUUUUUUCUGAACUUUGUUUUGUUCUCCUGAGAUAACUGGCAAUUGUUAUUCAAUGACUGGUUUUGUGUCUUCUCUACAUGUAGAGUAUUGGAUGGCUGACCCAUCGAUGUACCCUAAAUCAGUGAUCAUAAACAUGGCAGCCCUAAAGGGGAAAGGGGAUGCAUCAUAGUUGUAUUUUAAUUGUAUACAUGAAAGAUUCAUAUUUUCCAAGUUAUAUUUUCUAAUAGCAAGAAUAGAUCAUAAGUCUGACAAAGGGGAAAAAUGUUGCUUACCCAUGUUCUGAGUGAUCAAUUCACAAACCUUGGCAAAAUUAUGCUCCUCUGCAGGAAACUGUAUACUUUAUUGUUCAACUUUAAUUAACGUGAUUGAUAAUAACCACUUUAUUAAAAACCUAAGGGAUUUUUUCCUUAGACACAACCACUUUAUUAGCAGGAGAUGAGAUCGCCUUGUUUUUAAUUAUGUCUAUUUUUCAAACCUUCAGUUGUGUUCUAGGUAUCAUCUGGUUUUGCCUUAACUCCUCAAAUUGUAUAUACUUGUAGAUCAUCUGUUUAGCUAAUAUUAAAUCUAAAUAUCCCAUAUCUAAACUUGGUGCAAUAUCUCCUUGUCUUUUGUACAGGUCAUAUGAGUUCAUCCUUUAUUUAUUAUGUUACUGUUCACAGAAUAAAGGUUAAUAUAUGUUAGCUGGAUGUUUUUGACCCUUGGGUUUUAGAGAUUUGUGUUAUAUUUCUUUCUGCGUGUGGCUACUUUUCAAAUGAGACCUUUUGAAUUUGGGGAUAACGUCCUAUUGAUUCUUUAUUUCAUUUAAUCUUGCCAAGUUCUGGUGCAGCUUGUAGAAUGAUAAGUCAAUGCACUUAGAAAGUAAUUCUUUCAAAGAGACUUAUCAAGUGGAGAGGGAAAAGCAAACACCCAGAUUGUCAUGAUGAUGAUAAGUAUAUAAAUGAGUGAUGUUGAGCAAAACUCUAUAUGUUUCUUAAUAUUAAGCAAAUGAAUAACAUGGAGUUGCAAUCAGGUCUUUUGUCAAUGAAGAUGCUAACAUGGCCUUGUGUUGUUAUUGUUGUUGUUUAUUAUGAGACUGUCAUAUUUUAAAAAGUCAUUAUAUGUAGUAAGAAUAGCAUUGAACUGGAUAUCAGAAAGUUUGGAUUCUUAUGUCAACUUUACAAUUAAUUGGUUUAUGGUCUUGGACAAAUCAAUUGAUCUUUUGGGACCUAAGCUCACUCAUUUGUAAAAUGAGGGGUUCAGACUAGAUGAUCUUGAGUGUCCAUAUAAAUGCCAUGGUUCUCUGACUUUAUAUUACAGAAAUCUCUAGAUUCAUAUUGUAUUUACUGGCUUGAAACCAAAUAGAAUGUUUUAGGAAAGCCAAUGCCAUCUUUGAGGCCUCAUCUUGUAUAUCCUUUGAAUAGGAUACCAAGAACAUUUAACUACAUUUAUUUAGGAUCAUGAUUUUCAUAAGGCUUUCUGUACUUAAAUUAUUUUAAAAUCUU